UGUGCAUGAUCAAAGGAACUGGGUUCGGCCUUGCUGGACAGAAUGGGCAGGAGAUGACCAACGGAGACACUCCAACAAUUGGCUACCGAGGGGUUGGAUACAACCCAAAUUUUGCCCAUGCCGACGAAUACCCUCCUAGUCAAGAGCAUGUUCAAAUCCAAAAAGAACCUAUCGAUUUGAAUGUUAUGUCGAACAAGGAGACAAGAACGCACUACCGUACAGAUGAUAAGCGACACAUAUAUUCUGAGAUCCUUGCCCGUAAUGGUGGGGGUAAUAGGUUGAAGCAUGGAGUUUCUAAAGUUGUUGCACUAGCUUGUGAAUGUCCAAGGAGAAUAGUGCAAAGGGUAUGGCAGCAGGCUAAAAAUGGUGGAGGCAUUACAGGGGUAAAAAACAAUCGGAAGCUCAAAUCAGGAAGGAAAAAGAUAAAUUUAAACAUAGAUGCAUUGGAGGCCAUCCCACCUGGAGAGAGAACAACAUUAGAACAAGUUGCUGGACAUCUAAACUUGUCAACUACCACUGUUUGGAGGAGGUGA